UGAGCCACUGUUAGAAGUGACGUGAAAGCCGUAGGACGUGUUUUCGUGCGCGUCCCCGCCGUGUCGUUUUUUGGAGCACAACACACUAUACUUUUGUUCUUCAGUUUCCUACCAUAUAUACUCCACAAUUGUAUAAAAUCAUCAGUCGCGCAAGUAUCUAGUUUGCAAAAUAAAACCGUAGUUGGAGCAGUUUUUCAGUGUUUUUGUGAAAAUUUUUCAUUUCUGUGCAUCGAUACAAAGCUGCAAUUUCCGAUAACCAUUCUAAGCUGCAGAUAAAAUCACCUGAGGAAGCACCUGAGAGAGUGAGAGGUGUAUUGCGCUAGUGUUCGGUCAUUUUGGUUUGGCUCCUCGAGAGUUUAUAGUACACCGUGAAUGUGUUUUGUUGCCCCGGCGGCGGAGGAAAAAAAUUGCAUCUUGCAGUUCGAGUAAGUGAGCACAGUGAAAGGCCGAAGAUAAUUUCGUAAGGCUGCUACACAGAGUGAAGAAGAAGAAAAAAGUGCGUGGAGAAACCAAACUAAACGACGAAAAAUCAAGUUAUCGAGGGGUCAGGUCUCGUUGAUCAGGUUUUUUUUCGCCGUAGUCGUCGUCGGAUUGCUCCGGUUCUCGCAAGUUGUGGUGCUCGUGCAAGACCGAGAUCAGCCAGCUUCCAUCUGGUCCCAAAACGAAAAGAGCGGCAACGAAACUUGUUCUCGUGUUGGUGGAACUGCGUGAGCUUCAGCGAAAAGCGUGACUAGUUUGGAAAUAAGAUUGUGACAGAUAAACUAUGUCGGGUCAACAGAAACACCGGAUCCAGGUUCCCGACGGAUUACGUGACGUGCUGCUGGAGUUUUCGAUAGCGUACCUGCUGGAGCAGCCCGGCGAUGUGAUUGACUAUGCGGUCGAGUUUUUUUCCAAGCUCCAGCAGAACCGGAAAACAACCAUCAUCAGAGAUCCGGAACCGGUGUCGCCGGACGAGAGCAUCAUGUCACACGAAGAAGAACCUCUGGUGAAUCGGUACGCCACCCGCAGGAAAUCGGUGUUCGCGGAAACCUACGACCCGGAGAACGACGAUGACGAUGACGGUGCGAGGGCCAUCUUCCCGAAGACGGACGAGCAGCGGUCCCGGUUGUGCGAUUCCGUCAAAAACAUCCUGCUGUUCCGAUCCCUGGACAAGGAACAGAUGAACGAAGUGCUGGAUGCAAUGUUCGAGAAAAAAGUGAAAUCGAAAGAUUACAUCAUCAAACAGGGAGAUGACGGGGAUAACUUCUACGUCAUCGAAUCUGGAAUCUACAAAGCUUACGUCGGGGAUGACCAGAAGCACAUCCACACGUACGAGGGCAGGGGAAGUUUCGGCGAGCUGGCCCUGCUCUACAACAUGCCAAGAGCUGCCACCAUCCAGGCGGAAACCGACGGUCAACUGUGGGCGAUGGACCGUCAAACGUUCCGGAGAAUCUUGCUUAAGUCCGCAUUCAGGAAACGGAAAAUGUACGAGGCACUCCUUGAUGCGGUUCCAAUGUUGAAGACCCUGCAGAACUACGAGCGUAUGAACCUGGCUGAUGCUCUUAUACCUCAAACAUACUCAAAGGGCGAGAGGAUCAUCAGACAAGGUGACGCCGCCGACGGUAUGUACUUCAUCGAGGACGGCAAGGUGUCGAUCCGCAUCCAGCAGGACGCUGGUGAGGUCGAGAUCUCGAACCUCGAGAAGGGCGGUUACUUUGGCGAGCUGGCCCUGGUCACCCACCGUCCCCGUGCCGCUUCCGCUUACGCCGUAGACAACGUCAAGGUUGCAUUCCUCGACGUGGACGCCUUCGAGCGGCUGUUAGGACCCUGCAUGAACCUCAUGAAGCGCAACAUCGGCGAUUACGAGUCCCAGCUAGUCAAGAUCUUCGGUAGCAAGACCAACAUCAGCGACAUCCGAUAAGCGAGCGGCCCACCUAAGAUAGCACCUCCCUCCUUCCCCAAACCGAAAUCCACAAGUACCUCACCAACGACGUUUAUACAUCAGAAGAAAAAAAAUUAAUGAAAUCAUCACAAGCAUUAUAACAUCAUCAACAACAACAACACUUGAGUAUGUUUCUGGCUGAGCCAGACAAAAGUGGCAGUUCUGGCGUGCUUUCACAGGGUUGAUACCAUUUUGGAACGAGUCAGCAGCUGGAAUUAAAGGUUAUUGAGUCACGUUUUUGCGACGGCACACAGUUACAGGGGAGCAAAGAAUCCGGUCCGGAUCCGGUAACGGUACGUCUCCGCGUCUCCGAGGGUUUAUAAUUAUUUAACAUCACAAAAACAGCAACGGCAACAGCAGCGUAGGCCUUCGGCGUCGUUUUGGCGCUCCGAUCAACCGGAACUGCGAUCACUGGGGUUGUACAACUUCCGGUCGGUGCGGUGCCUUCCCCGGGAAAUCGACGGCUCAAUAACACUUUGAAUCUUCAGUGGAUCCGACAACUUCAUCACACCCCCAAAAGUCGGCAAAAAAUCACCAUCACCUGAAAAAAAAAAACAAUUGAUACUUGGAUCAAACGGAUUAGGACAUCACACAUAUGGACGGAAAACGGAACGGGAAAACGGAAUAAUCGCGCAGGUUAGGCAAACUUCGGAAAUACACACAUUAGUCAGCCAUCGUGAGUUUUUUUCUUUGAUUUUGAAAUGUAAUUCAUAUUAGUCUUAUGCUAGUAGUUUAGAAAAAUAAAAAUGGGAUAAAAUCGGAGAAGGUAGCGACAGAUCAGAAUCAGAUUUUUAACAAAAAAUGCGAGAAAAUGUCAUUUAUAUAUCAGCAACAGCAACAAAAAAAUGGUUUGUAGGAGAAAUUGUACGAAAACAUAUAAAUAAAAAUUGAAAAAAAAUAUUUGCACUAAUACAAUAUUAUAUCGCUGGCAAACCAAAAGCAUCGGAAACUUGAGAACAGAUCCUGGAAAACGAUGAAGACGAACACACACAGGCAGAAAAGAUCAAGCCGUGAAAUGAUAGUUUUCCAUUAAAAGACGAAGAAAAAAGUAUAUCUAUUUAACUAAUUUAAUAAUAGCAUGAGAUGUCCGAAGACGGAGAGAAAGAUAAAUGUUGAAGAGAUAUUACAAAAGCUAAAUGAAAAUAACGUUUUUUUAAUCCUGACCGUUUUGUAAUCGGAAGAAAUGAUGUAUCAGAAAAAAAAAAGUUGAGGAGUAUAUGCAAAGAAAAGACACUAAAUGAUGAUGAGUAGUGACAUCAAUAUCAGCAACCAAAUUAAGUGAUUAUUAACAAAAAAAAAUUGAUGGUUUGAAAAACUUUUGAGCUCGAAACAACAACAAAAAAUAUGAAUUGAUGCAAAACAAAUCACUUUCGGAAAGUAUUCAAAUAAAGCAAAUGCAAAUAUCGAUAAAUAUAGUAAAAAAAAUCAAACAAAAAAAACAUUUAAAAAAAACCGAAAACAAAGUAAUAACAAAUUUUUUAACUUAUUUCUGUUAUUUAUUUAAAACACUUGAAAUGCAAAAUAUCGAUAGAGAAAUUGCAAAACAAAAAAAAAACUUAACUAGCGCAACAGCAGUAAAGAUUUAAGAUACCUUAAAGCAGUGUUUAACAUAAAGUAAAUUAAUAUCAUUCUAUAAGAUAAAUAUUAUAUAUAUGAGAAAAAACCUAUAAAAUAAUGAUCAGCAGAGAUUUAGAUUAAGGAAAGAUUAAGCAGAGUAUAUAAUAUAUAUAUUUAACAAAGUAUAGAAAUCAGCCGUAAGGACAAAAUGAUGAAGAACUGAAGAAGAGAAAAGGGCAACUUCACUUCACCCUCUGAUUGAUUUGAAAAAAAAAACAAAAAAAAUCUUCAGAGAAUGAGGUGAAAUGUUUGCGACACAAACAAACACACAUACUGCGAAACAAAACAAAACAAAAAGAAAACUGAUAAAUUCAUAAGACUAUGCGAUAAUGCAACAAGGAUGCAGCCUAAAAGCUGUCAAUGUGUGGAAAAAUGGAGAAAGGGAAAAAAAAACUGAGUUAUGAAGACGGAGAAGUUACGACGAGGAAGAGAUGUAUAAAAGAAACUUUAUUUUGAGAAAAAUACUGCACAAAACUAGAAUCUUAGAAAAGAACGGGAAGAAACAAGAAGUUAAAUCAAACGUCAGAAAUGAAGAGAUUGAGAGAGUAAAUCAUUGACCAACUUUGGAUGGUCACACGAAUGAAAUGACCAGCUUAUGAUGGUAAUACGAAUGAAAUUGGAAGAAGCAGGAUUGUGGAAUUCGGACUGAGGAUUAAGUUAUUCAAAUCGAAAGUAACACUAGAUAAAGAGAGAGCUAUUGAAAACUAGUCAAGCUUAGGAACAACAGUGCAAACCAAAUUUGCUUUGCUCAUCACGAUCAUCAUCAUCAAUGCUGAAAAGGUAACGAGAGCCAUUGUUGAUUGAGCGUCCUUGUUAAGUUGAAGGUUUCGCCAAGUUUUUUGGAGCGAAUCUCACUGAACCCUUUAUUUAGCUCAAAAUCCCAGUUUGAAGAGACGAGGGAAAAUUCAACAAAAACUUGCAACGUUAAAAUAGAAACAACUAAACAAAAAAAACGGUUUCACUACUGAACAACUUGGAAUAGUAAGAUCUCAAAAUCUCUUUUUCAAUUCAACUAGGAUCAUUUUUUUUCUUAAUAUUUCAAAAGUUUUAACAGAAUCCGAUAGACACGAAAUACGAUUUAAAAUUACUCUUUGAUUGUGUUGAUUCAGUAAAGCAGAUCUUGCUUGUUCCUGUAUUAUUUAUCUUAGUCUUUUCAACAUUUCAAAAAAUUUCCCACUGAUUAACUUUCAAAAAUGCAUUGGAAGUCGAUUUUUUUCGUUAAAAAAAUCAUUGCAAUUUUUCGAUUCGGCUAUAGCGCCUGAAAGUAUACUCAAUCGAAUACACUGUCAACAGAAAAUGGUCAUCAGUUACUCAAAUCAACCCAAUUACAAAGUUCAAACUUUUCUGCGUUGUUUUUCAUGUCAUAUCCAUUGGUUAUUUCGUUUGGAAAAUUAAAACAAAAACUUUUCGACAUCCGACUUCUGUUUAGUCAUCUUUAUUUGAAAACACUGAAAAAAAACCUCUAAAAUAAAGUCUGUGAAUGAAAAACAUGCAAGGUGGGAGAAAAAUUCAAGACGGAGCUAGCUACUACACUGAAAUAAAACAAUCUAUAAAAACUCUUCGCUAAAGCAUCCAACAGCCACAGGUGAAGAACUAUUUCUGACCGUCUUUCUAGCGCAACCAAAGUUGUAGAUGAUUUUUUGUACUUUUUGAGAGAUAUAUACCAUAUGAGCUUACACAAGAGUAUUUUACCCCUGGUAAGACGACAAUAUACACAAAAAUCGGAAACGGAAACUAAAAAAUACAACACUGUCCAAACUGUGGAAAUCUAUCGGAGAAAACCUUUCUUAAACUAAUCUUUACCGAAUUCGAGUCCUGAGUUACUUGCGCUCUUUACUAUUACCUACACUUUUCUUCCCUAGUUCGCUUUUAAUUUUCUCUCAUUAGCCUCAUUUUGAGAUAAAAAAAAACAUCAAUUCGUCGUGACUCAUUUAUUCCGACCCCUACUGUUACGAUUGAAACAAAUAUUUGAUUCUUGUGCGGAGGAAAAUGCUGGACAUUUUCGUUUAACGUUAUAUUGGCAAAACAAAGGAAACCAGAGAUGGUAACUGAUUUUUUUUUUAGCUUAAA